AAGUGAUCGUUGAUUACGAUCUAUGUCAUUAGUUUUCGUAAUACUUCUAGUUAGUCAUCUGCAACGCGCUUGCUAACAUUGUUUGCGAUUUUGUACUAUACUAUGUUAUCUCAAAAUAUACUAAUUCGAACUGGAAAUAUACUUUCCUUAAAUGAAGCAAAAGCAAAAGCAAGUCAGAAUUCUACAGAUGAGUUAAUUGAAACUCUAAAAAUUAUACUUCGAGACAAUGAUGGCACUGGCGAAAAUCCAAUAAUUAUUCAAGGUGUAGAAGACAAUGCUUUGCAAGAUAUCAAUAGAGAAGAUGUUAAGAUAACUGUGAAGGUAUUUAUUUCAUCACCUGAUGUAAGCCUACUGAAAGAGGCAGUAGAUCAAGUUUGUAGUUUUCUAAAUAUAAAUGCAAUUGAGUCUUUAGUAAUUGCUUAUUCAAGCAAGGAAGGUCCAGAAGAAUUAUUAGAAUCAUUGAAACACCUAUGGACUGGAGUAGAAGAGUAUGUGAAAAUUGGCAAAUUAUCAAGUGUUGGUUUAAGUGAUCUCAACACAAAUAUAUUUAUUGACCUAUUUCAAUGGGCAAAUAUAAAGCCAAAUAUUGUACAAAUUAGUUUAGCUACAUGUUGUGUUGUACCACCAGUUUUGCAAACAUUCACUAAAGAAAAUGAUGUGCAAUUACUAACACAUAAUGAUCCUGGACAAAUUCUACCUCAAGAAGAUCUAAAUGGAAUAUUCAACGCUAAUACAAGUUCAUAUUGGGUUACAAGAUACCAAAUUCAUCUAAAAUGUCGUGGUAUUUUAUCUUCAAAGGGUUACCUAAUAUAUGUUAACAAAAAAACGAAAUAAUAUUAUAUUUUUGUCCAUAUCAAGAAAAUGUCUAUAAUUCAAAUUAUAAUAGUGCUUAUAUUCCAAUGAUAUUAAUUUACUUUUACGUUAACUUUUACAUUAUAUCUCACAUAUAAAUUUUUUUAAUUGUUUCUAAAGAAAUGUUGUUUUGUUUACAGUAAUUAUUAAAAUUGUUAAUUGAU